CCUGGCUCAGCAGGAGCCCCUCUGAGCACACUCAGUUUUUCUUGUGACCAGGGUAAAUAUUACCUGACACUGUUAAUAUUUAAUGCCCCCCACCUCCGGCCCAGCCACCCCACGGCAGACACUGUCCCAGAAGUAAGAGGCCACACGGGAAGAUCGUGGAGAAGCCCUGGUGGCCGGGGAAAUGACAGGGCUGUCGGCUGAUGAUGGUGGCAGUGCCAAGGGGUCAGAGAAUCCAUUUGUCUAUGACUACGAGACCGUCCGCAAAGGGGGCCUGAUCUUCGCGGGCCUAGCCUUCGUCGUGGGGCUCCUCAUCCUCCUCAGCAAAAGGUUCCGCUGUGGGGGCACCAAGAAGCACAGGCAGGUCAAUGAAGACGAGCUUUGAUGAUAGAGCCGGCCGUGCCCACCAGCCCAUGGGCACCAGUGAUGACCACUGUCCCCAGAUGAACAUCACUCUCCCUGUCACAGCUAUCGGGCUGAAGGAAAUGCCAGGCUCACCUCGACCCCCUCACGGUCCUCCACCCAUGCCCCUUGACCCCUAACUUCCUCCCUCCCCUCCUCCAACCUCUCAACACCCCACUUCCUAUUCCAAGUUGAGGUACAUGUACAGCCUCACCUCUGGUUUUCAAUGAAUCACUCUUCAAGCCCAUGCCAACGAAA